AUGCCUCCACAGAUCAAGCAUGACCUCAACCGCUCUGGCUGGGAGUCUACUGACUUCCCGUCCGUGUGCGAAAACUGUCUUCCUGAGAACCCAUAUGUCCAGAUGCUGAAAGAAGACCACGGCGCCGAGUGCAAGAUUUGCACUCGUCCCUUUACCAUCUUCCGCUGGAAGGCGGACCGCACCUCGCGCCAGAAGCGCACCAAUAUCUGUCUGACCUGCGCCCGUCUGAAGAACUGCUGUCAAUGCUGCAUGCUCGAUUUGUCAUUCGGUUUGCCGCUUCAAGUCCGCGAUGCCGCCCUUAAGAUGGUCGCCCCAGGCCCGGAUAGCUCGAUCAACCGCGAAUACUAUGCGCAGAACCACGAGAAGGAAAUCGAGGAUGGAAUCGGUGCCAUCGAGGAAUAUGAGAAGACAGACGACAAGGCGCGCGAAUUGUUGCGCCGCCUCGCUAACAGCGAACCCUACUACCGCAAACCACGCCGCAUCGAGGGGCCUUCAUCGGCUGAGCGAGAGGAGGGAGAGGAGGCUGGGCCGUCAGACCAGUCACGUACACAAUCUCGCUAUGGAAAUGGACCGGGUCCGGUACGCACAAACGAGGGACGUCUUGGAAACAGGCUUCCAGGCCGUGGAGGUGCCCGCGGAGGUCGCGGUGGUGGUCGGGGCGGCCGUCCAUUCCCCAGUACUGCGCAGUUGCCCCCAUCAGCUGAAGACAUCAAGCCGCCCGCCGACCCUAAUGUGACCUCGCUCUUUAUCACAGGUGUUGAGGAUGACCUCCCCGAACACGCUCUCCGCUCGUUUUUCGCCGAGUUCGGUCAGCUCCGUUCCCUAGUUUGCUCCCACCGCUCGCACUGUGCUUUCAUCAACUAUGUCAAUCGCGCCGACGCCGAGACCGCCGCAGAGAAAUGCCAGGGCAAGGCAAUUGUCAAUGGCUGUCCUUUGCGCGUGCGCUGGGGGAAGCCCAAGUCACUAGAUAACAUGGAUCGAGAGGAGCGAAUCAGAAACGCGCGCGACGGUAGAGCAGCUGUUGGUCCAGCUACGAAGGGUGCCCCCACCAACAAGGCUAUUGCGGCAGCCGACGAGGGCGCGGCCGAGCAAGACAAGGCUCAGGGGCACACUGUAGCUCCGCCUCCGGGCUCGGGCCAAGUCCAGUACGCCAGUCUGUCUGGUGACUAG